UUUUCUUUAUCCACCAUAACAUUCCAAAAUCCGCCCCUUAGCCCCUAAGCAAAGACAUCGCGCCGUCAAAAUCUCAGAUCUCUCUCCUCUCUCUCUCUCUCUCUUUGUAUUUUCGUUUUCGUCUGAUAAUUUUGCAGAAAAAUUUUGAUUUCUCAAUCCCGAUCUCUACCUAUGGAGGAUGUUGCAAUGAAGAACGCUGAGCUACAUGAAGAAAUCUCCGAUAAGUUUCUCUGCUGCGUUUGCCUGGAGCUUCUUUACAAACCGAUUGUGCUAUCAUGUGGUCACCUAUCGUGUUUCUGGUGCGUACACAAGUCAAUGAACGAGCUGCGAGAGUCUCAUUGUCCCAUUUGCAGAGACCCUUAUGUUCACUUUCCUGCUGUCUGCCAAAAGCUUCACUUCCUCCUCAAGAAGAUCUACCCUCUUGCCCACCACAAGAGAGAAGAACAAGUUCUAAAGGAGGAACAAGAACUAGAUUGUUUUUCACCUCAGAUUGACGAACCAAAGCCUAAGGAGGAGUCUUCAUGUAGUGGAGGUUCUCCAAAUGUCUCUGAUGAGCGGAAGGUGGAAGAGUGCUCUGAUGCAGAAAGGUUACUAUCAAGUGAAGAACCUAAAGAUGCAAAAGCUCUUAAUGUUUUUCAUGAGAAUAACAAAGUCAUUAAGCAAAUUUCGAAAGAUGAUUUGCUCUGUUCAGCGUGCAAGGAGCUGCUAGUGCGACCCGUAGUACUCAAUUGUGGACAUGUGUAUUGCGAAGGAUGUGUAGUAGAUAUGUUUCAAGAAGGCGAAAAGAUCAAAUGUCAGGAGUGUCAUAUCUCUGACCCGAGAGGGUUUCCGAAAGUUUGUUUGGUUCUUGAGCAGCUCUUGGAGGAGAACUAUCCUGAAGAGUACAAUUCAAGGAGAAGUGGGAUUCAGAAAUCGAUUGCCCAUACUAGCAAAAGAAACAUUCAAAGCUCUCACAAAGAAGGCCCAUCCUUAUCAGGCGAGAACAACAAUGAUCUUCCCUGGUGGGCAAACCCUGCAUCUAAUGUUCACAUCGGAGCUGGUUGUGAUUGUUGCGGAGUGUAUCCAAUCAUAGGGGAUCGAUACAGAUGCAAAGACUGCAAGGAAGAAAUUGGUUAUGACCUUUGCAAAGACUGUUACGAGACUCCUUCAAAAGUUCCUGGGAGAUUCAACCAACAACACACCCCAGAACACAGGCUUGAGCUCGCUCAGGUUCCUCGGGUUCUGGUCAAUAUCGAGUCUAUCGGCUUCCUUCUAGGUCCGAUGGUUAGUGAAGGCGUGAGUGGAGAAGAAGAUAGUGAUGAUGAUGAUGAUAGCGAGGAAGCAGGGCCUCCUGAUUCUAAUGAGGUAUCGUCAAGCGCUGACUGAAACACAGCUUAAGUAUGUUGGAAUCUUGAAGCAUGGUUUGCGUUUGUGUUUGCAUGCUUCUUUUUUAAAAUAUGGUUUUUAAACAAAGUUCAUUUGUUAAUUUGUAAACAUAAAACGCAAACAAAAACCAACUCUUGUGUUUUCAUUUGGUUU